AUUAAAAUUCUUUCUUUUCAGAGACUCGAACCUUGAGGCUGUAACUAAGAAUAAACAUGGGUGAUCGUCAACUGAAGAUUUAUUUCUGUGGUAGUAUCCGUGGAGGCAGACAGGACGCGGAGCUCUACGCAAGGAUCAUCAAGCAGCUGGAAGCGUAUGGGAAAGUCCUCACAGAACAUGUUGGCCACAAAGAUUGCACAACAUCAAAAACUGAUGUUGAGAUCUAUGACCAAGAUAUGGCAUGGUUAGAAGAUUCUGAUGCUGUUGUUGCUGAGGUAACCCAAGUAUCAAUGGGUGUUGGCUUUGAGCUAGGAAGAGCUGUUGCAUGGAACAAGAGAGUGCUUUGCUUAUUCAGACCAGGAGAAGACAGACGUUUGUCAGCAAUGGUGCGUGGUGCUGAUGAUGGAAAGAACUUUUUAGUGAAAGAUUACAAGGAAGAAGAUGUACCAGGAUUACUCAAAGAAUUCUUUGUCCAAUUAGACCAAAUGGAUAAGAUGGAUACCAAAGAUUUGAAGAUCUAUUUUUGUGGCAGCAUCCAGGGUGGACGUCAAGAUGCGGAACUCUACUCCAGGAUUAUCCAUAAACUCAAGCAAUAUGGAAAGGUUUUGACAGAAGUCAUAGGAAACAAGGAUGUCCUGAGGAUUGAAGCUGAUAUGACAGAAACAGAGAUAUAUCAGCAAGACAUCGCAUGGCUCGAUUCUUCUGACGUGGUGGUUGCCGAGGUUACCCAACCGUCCCUCGGUGUUGGUGUCGAGCUUGGAAGAGCGCAACUUAUGAAGAAGAAAGUCUUGUGUUUAUUUCGUCCACAAGAGGGGAAAAUUCUGUCAGCGAUGGUUCGAGGAGCUCAUGACGGGGAUUCGUUUAUAGUGAAGGACUAUCGGGAAGAAGACCUGCCCACGAUAUUCAGCGAAUUCUUUUGAAAGAACAAUUUUACUCAUUCAAACGACGGAGAUUAAAGAGUUUAAUGAGAAAGAGAUUUAUCCUCUUAAAUGUCACUUUGAAAAUAGGCAAAGACUACAAAAAGGAAUUAACAUGUCAUGUAACGUUUACACUUUAGACCCGCGAUCACUAGCGUACCUAAGGGGGGCAGGGGGCAGACUGCCCCCCCCCCCCCCUGACGAGUCGCAAGCAAAAAAAGGAAGCGAAAAAGGGAAAGAAAAAAUAAAAGAGGAAAGAGAGAAAAAAGGGGAAGGGGAAAAAGAAGGAAGAGUUUAAGAGAAACUUUGAGGGGAAAAGAAAAAACUGGACCGCAGACUGUCGGAAAAAAAUUAUAAACUGUCAGGCACACGGGGCUGUUCCAACUGAUUCGGUUUUUAGUUCCACCAUCUUUGUCGGUAAAUGUCAAUUAAACUGUACACUUUUAUCGGUAAAUUGUGAUUUUUACGCAAAGCGACUUUUAGAGCUCUCUAUGUUCCGAUAGUGAGGACGGACUGGGCUGACCAGGGACAGGAAAAAGUUAGAGAACAACUUUUAGGUAAUAUAAUUAUAACAAUAAAAAAUAACGCGCGUAGCGCUCGCAUCAAUUUUUUAGUUGGAUACUUAUGAUAAAUGUCUAGUUUUCAUUUGAAAUAUAUUUAAAAAAAAGUGCUUAUAAUAUCCAGUUCUUAGGCCGGAAUAUCAAAAAUUUCAGCUCGCGCUUCGUGCUCACAUAUACUGUUUACAUAUAUAUCCAUCCUGUCCAUAGUUAAAUUAAGUGCUCAGAAUGUCCGGUUUUCAGGUAGGAAUAUGAAAAAUCAAAAAUAUAUCAUUAGAAACCAAUUUGUUCACAGUUACAAAAAUUGCUUAGAAUAUCAAGUUCUUAGGUCGAAAUAUCAAAAAUUUCAGCUCGAGCUUCGCACUCGCAUAAAAUUCCAUCCUGUUCAUAAUUAAAUGAAGUGCUCAGAAUGUAAAGUUUUCAGGUCGAAAUUGCGCUCACACCAAUUAAUUGUUUUUAACUACCAUUUUGUUCAUAGUUAAAAAAAAGUGCUAAGAAUGUCCACUUUUGAGGGGGGAUAUCAGAUCGCUCUUCACGCUCGCAUCAAUUAAUUAUUCAGUUAGAAACCAAUUUGUUCAUGGUUACUAAAAGUGCUUAGAAUGUUCAGUUCUUAGGUCAAAAUAUCAAAAGGUUUAGCUCGCGCUUCGCGCCCGAACGACUGUUUAGAAACCCAUCCUGUAAAACUGCUUAGAACGUCUAGUGUCCAGUUAGGAAUAUAAAAAAAAAUUAGCUCGCGCUUUGCGCUCGCAUAAUUUAUUAGAGAAGAUACCCAUCCUAUUCAUAAUUAAGAGCACAAAAUGUAUUGUUUUAGGUCUAAUUUUUUUUUUUUAAUUCAGCUCGCGGUUUGCGCUCGCAAUUAUUAUUUUUAUAUUAUUAUUUUUAACUGAUUUCAAUGUCAAAUACCUCUUUUAUAACUUCUCCAAAAGAGCAGAAUUGGCAACAUAAUGUAAACACCUUCAAAGAGGAAUAAAAGAAGUAUUUUAAUAUAAACAU